ACUCCAUUGCUUCCCCUCCAGUCCGAGAUGUUGGCAUGAACUCUCCAGCGCUCACAUUCCCUAGCCUUUCUGCUGCUGCUCCUGGCUGCACCACCAUUUUCAAGAGGACAAAUGAGCUGGAUUUGGAUGCUUCUCCAGUGAUGAAGAAUCCUCCCAAGCUGGAGGGUGAAGCUAUUGAUGGCUCCUUUGCCAGUAAGCAUGGCCACCAUGUCAUUGGCCACAUUGAUGACUACAGCGCCCUAAGACAGCAGAUAGGGGAGGGCAAACUGCUGGUCAAAAAGAUAGCAGAUCUUGUGAGAUCAGCCUGCACCUUCCCUGGCCUUGACACUCAGGUCACAGAGGUGCCGGGCAGCAAAGGCAUCCAUGAACUUGGGAGCAGCGCCCAGGCCCUGCAGCACACGCUGGACGAGUCGGCCUCCCUCCUCACCAUGUUCUGGCGAGCGGCCCUGCCCAGCUCCCCCAGCCCUGCCCUGUCUGACAGCACAGGACAGUCCCUGCAAAGGGAACUUCUGGAACUGAGAACCAGACUGUCCAAACAGGAGAGUAUCCUUCAGAGCACAGCGGAGCGUCUGAAGACCGCCAACCAGCAGAAAGAGAGCAUGGAGCAGUUUAUCUUCAAUCAGUUGACCAGGACACAUGAUGUUUUGAAGAAGGCAAGGACGAAUUUGGAGGUAAGGACACCACUGCACCUUCCAGAGCCACAGAACCCAACCCAAAUCCAUCCCCACCUGUCUUCAGAGUCUGCAGAUGAUCCCCGACCCACUCUGACCUUUCAGGAGAUUUCAGUCCAUUCCUAGGACUCAGGUCCUCACUAAAUGUCCUUCUAGCUUCGCUCCCUAUACCCUCUCCCACCCCAGUCCCUUCCCUGCCAUCUCAUCUCCCUGUGACAUCGUGACCCUCUUCUC